AUGACAUCGAGUACGACCGACAACGACGACUCACACUCUUUGAAACGCAAGCGUCAAGAUGAGCUUCCUUGGUGUCUAGUUGAAUCAGAGCCAGCCAUUUUCACCGAGAUGGCACACACGUAUGGCGCAACAAGUAUAGCUGUCGAAGAGGUGUACGAUCUAGACAUGCUGACAGAUGGAAACAUCUAUGGCUUGAUUUUCGCACAUCCAUACGAAGACGACCUCCCAGCACCUGUACAAAGCGAUGAAGAUAAAAAGGAUGCUGCCAGUGUAUUCUUCUCUUGCCAGAUUGUCACCAACAUAUGCGCAACAUUGGCUCUACUAGGCAUCCUAUUCAAUAUCGAUAGUCAAGUCGACAUUGGAGAGCAUUUGAAGAAUCUCAAAAGCGUCCUUGGAGAUGUUGAUCCGGUACUUCGUGGAAAUGCUCUUGGAAACGACUCGUUGCUCCGGGAAACGCACAAUAGCUUUGCAGACGCACAAGCCAGGGCUGAAGCUGAAGCUCCUUCAAAAGCACGCAAAGGAAAGAAGGGCAAACGAAAGUUGACCGAGGAAGAUGCAUAUCACUACGUGUCAUAUAUAUACUUGGAUGGAUACAUUUGGGAGCUCGAUGGCAUGAACAAGUUCCCUUGUAAGGUGGCACCUGCAGAAUCAUCGAGUUGGAUCGACACAUUACGACCCUAUCUUCGGCAACGCAUGGAGAAGCAGGAUAUGUUUAGCUUGAUGUCGAUUGUACCUGGAGCUUGGGUGAAAUCGAAUGACGACAAAUUGAAGCCUUACAACACCAUCAAGAAGAAGAUCGAAAGCCAGCUGGCCGAGUUGACUGCACAACACGACAAAGCCGUUGACACAGGAUCUCUUUUAUUUACCUCAUCACAUCUAUCCGCUGAUGAAUUGAUCGAUGCUCACUUGCGCCCUGUUAUCAUUCGCAAACUUGAAGGAUUGAAAGAUCAGCUGGAGCAGGAGCGGAUACAAUUGACAGAUAGCGAUGUACCAAAUGAAACACAAAUUGCAGCAGCAGAAGAGCUUGCAAGGACUCGGCUUGAAAACACACGAAGAAAGCAUGACUAUAUGCCAUUUAUGCGUCUACUUUUCGAGAAGCUACACGAGCAAGACUUGUUACGAGAUCUGAUUGAAACAUCAAAGUGA